AUGUUGAGAUUGCCCGUAUCUUCAGUUAUGGCCAGAUCCAUACGGGUCUUGCCUGCUCGGCUGAUGCUUUUCAGACAGACAUUCACUGUGGGAAGUCGCUACUACCUGAAAACGCCAUUUCCAAUCGACUACAAGAAGGCUCAACACAAACGAGAUCUCGAAAAGUUGCCAAAAUAUAAGCAAUGGGCUGCCUAUGUCCAAACGCUCGAAUUCAAGAAAAGAAUGACCAAGUACUACGUUGGAAUGUUUGCAGUGAUGCUUGUAGCAUUUUACUACUACAUGAGAGACCGUUACUAUGAAGAUAAGCAAAUGAAGGUGAUUAAUGCAAAGUACAAGGCUGACCCAGCUAGUCUCAGCGAGUAUGAGUAUUUGAAAUUCAAAGCUUUCAGCGGCGACAAGCUCAAGCCUCGUGAAGAAAAGAAGUUUCGUCUCUACCAGAUGAUGCGUAAGGAGUUUAGAAGAAAGAACAUUUUUGAGUACGAUUUGCUCUUUGAGCCUACUCCUCAGGAUCUCGAGGAAUGGUACAACCGCCAAGCACGGCGUCCAGUGAAGGUUGCUGCAGCUGAUGACGACGCUGUGCCCGCUAAGCCUGGUGUCAAUUCUGAGGCCAAGGACAUCGCGGUGACCAAUUCCACCAACCCCAACAUUAUGCCUGCUCAAGAUACCACGCAGUUUUACGACGAAAAAGCAGCAGAAUAUGACAGUGCUGUCAAUUGGGAAGAGCGGGGUGUGUUCAUGGGAAUUCGUCGUGGCUGGUUGAUGGAGCAGGCUGAGGGAGACGUUUUGGAGGUUGCAUGUGGAACAGGUAGGAACAUUCCCUACCUUAACCUCGACCAGGUGGAGUCCGUCACGUUUAUGGACUCGUCGGAAAAGAUGGUGGAAGAGACACAGAAGAAGUUCCGUGCCAAGUAUCCUAAGUUCAAGAAUGUGGCAUAUGCCGUGGGUAAAGCUGAGAAUUUGGUGGAUUUGGCAUCUGAAUCAUUCAAGUACGACACCAUCAUUGAGGCAUUCGGUUUGUGCGCCCAUGAGGACCCUGUAGCUGCAUUGAAAAAUAUGCAAAAAUUGUUAAGGCCAGGAGGAAGAAUUGUAUUGUUGGAGCAUGGACGGUCCACAUGGGACUUUGUCAACAACCACUUGGAUUUCCGGGCAGAGAAGAGAAUGAAGAAAUGGGCAUGUCGGUGGAAUUUGGAUAUUGGCGAGUUGGUGGAUGAGGCAGGCUUGGAUAUCACAUUCGAGAAGCGUGUUCACUUGGGGUCAACAUGGAUGUUGGUGUGCAAGAGACCAGAGGAUCCGAUCCGGAUGGACGAGAAGCCAUUCCUCAAGAAGUUGUUUGGAACCGAGGCCACCACGGUGAAGAAGGAGUAA